AUGUAUCUCCAUCAUUCCCACAAGACGGCUAUAAAAGCAGUCCCUCAUACCCCUUCAACCGCUCCUCCUCACUAUCCAACCCACCCUAUCAAGCCCCCUUCCCGACUUGUCAAGAGUAUCACCAUCGUGCUUCAAGGAUGCAGUGCCAACGUAAGAAACCAUUCAAUCACCAGCACGACGAUAACCCUCCUAACAAAGCCCACAGACACCUCACCACCAACAGACCGCUACCACACCUGCCCACACCCACACCAUACACCCUACUCAGAGGUCCACCUGCCCCCGAUCCUCUUCCGCAUGGACGCCCCCAUCGGACAAGACCUCCCCGACCUCACCUCUCUCUCAGAAAACGGCGCGGUAGCCCGCGACCACGAAGACAGAGAGAUCUGGGACUUCCCCUUCCUCCCGCGGUACAUCACCAGCAACCCGCCCGGCUGGCUCCUGGAGUACUGGAUGCGCACCGAUCCACGCCUCACGUACCGCGACAUCCGGGUGCGCAUGACCGCUCCUCCGCGUCUCCGCCCCGCCGAAAACGCCCUCAACAUGCGUCGAGAGCGCGACGCCCGUCGCCCCCUCCGCCUAUCCUGCUGGACAUACCGUCGUGGCACCCCAGGCCGCCUGAACAAAAUCGAUGUCGAGCGCGUCGAGCGCUGGUCCGUCGAUCAGAUCCGCUACAACACCACCAUGGAUGUUGUGUAUGCUGAUGGUGUCCCGGUGCAUCUUGCUGAUCGUGCCCUGGCUGCCCAUACGCCUUCCACUUAUCCCUUGGAUUACUUCCUCAAUGAGGGCAGGGCCGAGAUCCCCAGUGACCGCAUUAGGGUUGCGCAGAGCGUGUUCUUUAGGUUGUCGGAGCGCGCGAAACAGUUGGGUUUGACUUCUUGGAGGCAGUUGCCUGAUAGUGAGUGGCCGGACACUUUCAGGUAUAAUGUCUCGAGGUGA